CCGGGACAGUUCAAGAAUUGAUGAUACAUUAAUUUCAUUUGAGUUUCCUAUGAUCCGACAUUUUUUUGGGCGGAAACCCGACCCAGGCCCAACUCAAAGCCAUAGUGGCCUGAUGCGGUCUUUGGGCGGAAACCCAACCCAGACCCAACUCAAAGCCAUAGUGGCCGAAGAGAACCUCACGGGUCACGGCCCCAUUCGACUUCCCCCAUUCCUCCACCUAAUGGCCAAACACAUGAACCCCGAGCCCUUUGAUCGCCAACUUCGCCACGCCUUCAAGGUGCUUGACAGAAACUCUACCGGCUUCGUCUCUGUCUCCGAGCUCCGCCACAUCCUCACCAACAUUGGUGAGAAGUUCGAGCCCUCCAAGUUCGACCAGUGGAUCCGGGAAGUCGACGUGGGCUCCGACAGCAAGAUCCAUUACGAGGAUUUCAUCGUCAGAAUGGUCGUGACACUGGUUAGACCAACACUUGGGAAUGAAGUGGAUAAUUAUAUUGCAUUGAAUCGAUUUAAUGUUAAAAAAUUGUAUUCGUUUUUUUAUUUUUUUAACAGAUUCACUUUAUAAAUAACAUUUCAGUUAACCUAACUAUUUUUAUAAAAAGAAUCAGCUCAAUUAGAAAAAAAUAAAUCUUGUAAUAAUGUCAUUAUUUUGUAACUAUUUGCAAAAAUCUGGAAAUGUAGUAGACGUUUUCUCAAAUUAGUCAGGCUGUGAUUAUUCUGCUUUCCUUGCAAGUGUAAGAAUAGUGACAAGGAUCACAAUUGUACCAAUAUCGAAGGGUGCUUACAAGUUA